AUGGCGUUCAUUGCCAAGACCUUCUACGACCUGAGGGCCACCACGCUGGAGGGUGACUCGGUGGAUUUCAACGUGUUUAGGGGACGAGUGGUCCUGAUAGAGAAUGUGGCCUCGCUCUGAGGCACCACGACCCGGGACUACAGUGAGCUUAGCCAGCUUCAGAGCAAGUACCCCCAUCGCCUGGUGGUCCUGGGUUUUCCAUGUAACCAGUUUGGAUAUCAGGAGAACUGCUCCAAUGGUGAGAUCCUGAAGUCCCUGCAGCAUGUGCGUCCAGGCGGCAACUAUCAGCCCAACUUUACCAUCUUUGAGAAGUGUGACGUCAACGGAACAAACACACAUCCGGUCUUUGCCUACCUUAAAGACAAGCUCCCUUAUCCCGAUGACGACCCCAACUCCCUAAUGAAGGACCCCAAGUUUCUGGUAUGGAGUCCCAUCUGCAGGACGGAUGUCUCUUGGAACUUUGAGAAAUUUCUCAUUGGGCCAGAGGGAGAGCCCUUUAAAAGAUACAGCAAAAUGUUCCCCACCAUUGACAUAGAGCCUGAUAUUCAAAGACUGUUAAGAUUAACCAAGAACUAAGAAUAGCAUCCACCUCUUAAUGACUUCUCAUCCAUCACAGUCAAAGCUGAUAUGCUGUCCUCCACACUUUUAAGCCUUAUUAAAUGAGGGUGAUAUUCUGAAAAGCUGAGGGAAUAUUAUCUGAGGCCUUAUAAGUGCUUAAGAGUAGUGGAGGAGUAAAUUCAAUAUAUGUAAAAGGACAGAAUACUUGCAAAUUAAAACCAACGUGGGUGUGCUUUAUAGAAAUAAUCACAAGAGCAGUCCUUUGCAUGUCCUUUUGUGUCUUGUCCUGUGCUAGCCCGGCCAGCAGAUGGUGCUGCUGACUUGAUCAUACAA